CCGCAUCGGAGGCAGUUGUUGUAAAGCUCCCAAUGCCCAUUUUGGUCACAUUAACUUAUUGCUCGAUUGAGUAUUAAUUUUAGAUUGUGCUUCAUGUUGCAAUCUAAUAUUUUGAGAAAAACGUAAAAAGAAAGAAACCGUGUUGGUUGGGAGCUUUUAUUUAUAAUGAUGAAGCGUUUAGUGAUUCUAAUAGCCAUAAUUUCACUGAAAAAUGCGAAGGUACUAAGCUUUAGUGAAAUAAAUCUUAACAGUUCGUGGCGUAUCGAAAAUUCCAAUGGAACAAUACGGCUUACCAAUAUAUCUUUGCCGUCUGGAAUCUACAGUGCAUUGGAAGAGGCCCGGGUCAUUAAAUCAAUUUACGAUUUUAAAAACGACCUCAGCACAAAAUGGGUAGCACGUGAAAACUGGACCUACCUUCUGAAUAUACCGUGUACAAAACAACAGCAUGACUAUGAUCACGUUAUACUUUCCUUGCACGGAGUAGAUACCUUUUCACUGGUGUACCUAAACGACGAGCUUUUAGGAGAAACGAACAACAUGUUCGUCCGCUACCGGUACGAUGUUACAACUCUGUUACGCAAAGAGUGUCCAUCAGAGGUUCGUCUACGCAUUGAAAUUCGCUCUGCAGUAGCCGAAGCAGCGGCUUUGUCAGCCCGCUAUCAACAACUAAAAGUGGUUCCCGAGUGUCCUCCCGAGGUCUACCACGGUGAGUGCCACAUGAAUUUGAUUCGCAAAAUGCAAGCCAGCUUUUCCUGGGAUUGGGGUUUAGCAGCCCCAUCGAUGGGUCUAUGGAAGCCAGUUCGAUUGGAGUAUUACAACUCUGCUAAGCUGAGUGAUGUAACGUUUGCCCUGACAGAAGUAGGAGAUUACUGGCAUAUUCGCCUCGGAGUUUAUUUGGAAACAGGUACUCUUAGUAAACCAGUUGAGGGCACGUUGAGUUUUAGUAUACUAGGAUUGACUGGCUUGGCAGAACAAACGAUCACAGUUGAAGAGGAUAGUGCAGAGAACGGUGAAUUGCUUGUAGAAAAUACGUUGAAGGUACCUAAGCAAUCGGUUGAACGCUGGUGGCCUAACGGGCAUGGCUUACAAAAACUUUACGAACUUCGUGUGCAAUGGGAGGAUGAAAUACUAACCAGCCCUCAAAAACCGACAGAGAAGAUUAUUCGUAUAGGUUUUCGAAGCAUAGAACUUGUGCAGGAUAAGACCAACGAUGGGUUGACAUUCUAUUUUAUGGUCAAUAAUGUCCCGAUAUUCAUGAAAGGAUCGAACUGGAUAACGUCUUCUAUUUUACCGGAAAAAUCCUACGACGAAGACUAUGUAAAAUAUUUACUUACUUCCGCAAAAAGUACUCAUAUGAACAUGCUUCGCGUGUGGGGUGGAGGUGUCUACGAAAGCGAUCUCUUCUACCAAUUGGCUGAUGAAUUAGGAAUUCUUAUUUGGCAUGAUCUAAUGUUCGCGUGUUCUAUGUAUCCAGCGAACGAAGAAUUUCUGAACAACGUUGCAACAGAAGUACGACAAAAUGUAAAGCGCAUACAGUAUCAUCCGAGUGUAGCUCUGUGGGCUACCAACAACGAGAAUGAAGUUGCUCUGCGGCAAAAUUGGUAUGGAACUCAAAUUAAUCAAGAAGCCUACAUCGAAGAAUACAAGCAACUGUAUGUCAACGUUAUCCAAGCAGAAAUUCUCAAAAUAGAUAAAUGGCGAACGGUGCUAAUAUCAUCACCGUCGAAUGGAGAUUUAUCAGUUGCCCAAAACAAUAUUGCAGAUAAUCCACAAGAUCCGCGAUAUGGAGACGUUCAUUAUUAUAAUUAUGAAGAUGACGGUUGGGAUCCCAACAUCUACUCCGGAGGUCGAUUUAUAUCUGAAUACGGAUACCAAUCAUUUCCAGCAUUUUCGAGUUGGCCUACUGUAAGUCUAACUCCUGAAGAACUGACUGAUUUAAUUAAUCACCGGCAGCACAGCCCGUUGGGUAACGAUCCAAUUCUACUGAUGAUCGAAAAAAAUCUUCCAUUACCAUUGAUUGAUUCACCGGAUUACUUGCGUAACAUCAUAUAUCUUAGCCAAGUAUCACAGGCUAUGAUCGUGAAAACUGAAACCGAAGUCUAUCGGUCGAAACGAAUCGAACAGGGUACAAUGGGAGCACUCUACUGGCAGCUCAACGAUGUAUGGAUAGCUCCGUCAUGGUCGAGUAUUGAAUACGGCGGAAAGUACAAAAUUCUCCACUACUGGAUGAAAAAAAUAUUCACGGAAAACCACAUUGUCGCUAGUAUCAAUCGCAAUAAAUGGAUGGAUUUAUACCUGAUCCGCGAUGCAUUGGGAGUGGAUGAGCAGUGGACUAUACGCAUGUAUCUUCAUAGCUGGUCAAGUUUCCAACCUGUCCAUGAAGUGCUGUUCGAUUCAAUCAUGGUGCCGGAGAACACUGUCGUUAAAAUUGACAGUUUCAACAUCCAUAGUUAUCUGAGCCGUUUCAAUGCAAACCCAGCGGAUCAUCUCGUGCAAUUUGAGCUGCUGUCGCAAAACGGAACUAAACUGUCAGAAAAUUUUUUACUUCUCGAUAAAAUUAAAAACGCCUCUCAAAGUCCACGUCCAUCGAUAAAAAUUUCUAUUGUCGCUAUGAAAUGUAGUGUGAUAACUAACAAAGCUACGUAUAGUAUCAAGGUAGACGUCACUUCCCCGGCUAUUUUCUUGUACAUGGAGCUAGCGCCAAAAAGUGACAGUUUAAAACAAUGCCACUUUUCAAACAACGGUUUCCUACAAUUUACUCCCUCAGUAUCCGUUCAGUUGGAGUGUGCAGAUCUUGGUUGCAAAUCAAACCUGCAUGCAUCUGAUAUCAACGUUAUGGCAGUAAAUCAAAUGUAAGCCAGGCGCCAAAAGUUUGAACUACACAAAGUUUUGUGUGUAUUAGGUAAGAAAACAUAAAGAGAAAUAAAAUAUAAUAAAUGAAAAUCAAAUUCAUUUGAAU